AAAACUAAUGUAAAACGACAGUGUAGCGAGUAAAAAACAUGGCGAUUGGCGAAGCAAGAUAAAUGGGGGAAAUAUAUAAAUCUGAUCAGUGUAUGCAUAAAUUAGUGACAUCGCAAUCUCUCUCUCUCUCAUCUCUCUCGCCGGGAUCUCUCUCUGGUUUGGAUCAGAUCUUUGCUUUGUUGUAUCUUUAGGUGAGUGAGAUAUGGAGAAAUCUUGCUCUCUACUUGUGUAUUUUGAUAAAGGUACACCUGCUAUUGCAAAUGAGAUUAAGGAAGCUUUAGAAGGGAAUGAUGUGGAAGCAAAGGUUGAUGCGAUGAAGAAAGCUAUCAUGUUGUUGCUGAAUGGUGAAACUCUUCCACAGCUUUUUAUCACAAUUGUUAGAUAUGUGUUGCCUUCUGAGGACCAUACUGUUCAGAAGCUAUUACUUCUUUAUCUUGAAAUUAUUGAGAAGAGAGAUGCUAGAGGAAUGGUCUUGCCAGAAAUGAUCUUAAUUUGCCAGAAUUUGAGGAACAAUUUGCAGCACCCAAAUGAAUACAUACGGGGUGUGACUUUAAGGUUUCUUUGCCGGCUAAAUGAGGUGGAGAUCAUUGAGCCAUUGAUUCCUUCUGUUUUGGCAAACUUGGAGCAUCGACACCAAUAUAUUAGGAGGAAUGCAAUACUUGCAGUGAUGGCCAUAUACAAGCUCCCUCAUGGGGAGCAGCUCUUGGUUGAUGCCCCUGAGAUGAUUGAGAAAGUUCUUGCAACUGAACAAGAUCAAUCAGCCAAGAGAAAUGCAUUUCUUAUGCUUUUCACUUGUGCCCAGGAACGUGCUAUUAAUUAUCUUUUAACCCAUGUUGAUAAGGUAUCUGAGUGGGGAGAGCUGCUUCAAAUGGUUGUUUUGGAGUUGAUUAGAAAAGUAUGUAGAACAAAUAAGGCAGAGAAAGGAAGAUAUAUAAAGAUUAUUAUAUCGUUACUAACUGUUCCUUCAUCUGCUGUUGUGUACGAAUGUGCUGGAACACUUGUAUCUCUUUCGUCUGCGCCUACAGCUAUUACCGCUGCAGCAAAUACUUAUUGUCAGCUUUUGUCGUCUCAAAGUGACAACAAUGUCAAACUUAUUGUACUUGAUCGGCUAACUGAGCUGAAAUCGGCACAUAAAGAGAUAAUGGUCAAUCUGAUUAUGGAUGUUCUUAGGGCUGUCUCGAGCCCAAACCUUGAUAUUCGCAGGAAAACACUAGAUAUUGUUCUUGAAUUAAUUACUCCCCGGAACAUCAAUGAGGUAGUUCUUACUCUGAAGAAGGAAGUGAUGAAAACUCAAAGUGGGGAGCUUGAGAAAAAUGGGGAGUACCGCCAAAUGCUCAUUCAAGCUAUUCAUUCUUGCGCAAUAAAGUUUCCAGAAGUGGCAAGUACUGUUGUUCAUCUGUUGAUGGACUUUCUGGGGGACAGCAACGUUGCUUCUGCUAUGGAUGUCGUUGUUUUUGUCCGAGAGAUAAUUGAAAGUAACCCAAAAUUGAGAGUUUCAAUUAUAACGAGAUUAUUGGACACCUUUUACCAGAUCCGAGCAGCCAGAGUUUGUUCAUGUGCUCUUUGGAUUAUUGGAGAGUAUUGCCUUUCUCUUUCAGAAGUUGAGAGUGGCAUCACAACCAUUAAACAGUGCUUAGGAGACUUGCCCUUCUACACUGAUGCAGAGGAAGGGGAGUCUGCUGAUUCUUCAAAGAAACCUCAGCAAGUUGACUCUAUUACUGUCUCGUCUAAAAGGCCAGCUAUUCUGGCUGAUGGUACCUAUGCUACUCAGAGUGCUGCCUCUGAAACGGCUUUUUCACCUCCUACUGUUGUUCAAGGAUCACUGAGUUCUGGAAAUUUGAGAUCCCUUCUUCUGUCUGGAGAUUUUUUCCUCGGGGCAGUUGUGUCCUGCACACUAACUAAACUCAUACUGAGAUAUGAAGAGGUUCAAUCAUCAAAAGUCGAAGUUAAUAAAGCUUCUACUCAAGCAUUAUUGAUCAUAGUCUCCAUAAUUCAACUAGGCCAAUCUUCAUUUCUUUCGCAUCCAAUUGAUAAUGAUUCACAUGACAGGAUUGUCCUUUGCAUAAGGUUGCUGUGCAACACUGGGGAUCAGGUCAGGAAGAUAUGGUUGCAAUCUUGCCGUGAAAGUUUUGUUAAGAUGCUUUCAGAUAAACAGUUGCGUGAAACAGCGGAAAUUAAAGCGAAGGCACAGAUAUCCUUUGCACAGCCAGAUGACCUUAUUGAUUUCUACCAUCUGAAGAGCAGGAAGGGUAUGAGCCAACUAGAGUUAGAGGAUGAGGUUCAAGAUGAUCUGAAACGCGCCACAGGGGAAUUUAUACAGGAUGGAGAUAGCGCAAACAAACUAAACCGUAUUCUUCAAUUGACUGGAUUCAGUGAUCCUGUUUAUGCGGAGGCCUGCGUGACAGUUCAUCACUACGAUAUUGUUCUUGAUGUGACUGUUAUUAAUCGAACUAAGGAGACCCUUCAGAAUUUGUGCUUGGAGUUGGCAACUAUGGGUGAUCUUAAACUUGUAGAUCGUCCUCAGAAUUAUACCUUGGCUCCCGAAUCAAGCAAACAAAUAAAAGCAAACAUUAAGGUUUCCUCAACUGAGACUGGAGUCAUAUUUGGAAACAUAGUUUACGAGACUUCCAAGGUGUUUGAGAGAACUGUUGUUGUCCUAAAUGACAUUCACAUUGACAUCAUGGAUUACAUAUCUCCUGCAGUAUGUGGCGAUGCUGCCUUCAGAACUAUGUGGGCGGAAUUUGAGUGGGAAAACAAGGUUGCUGUCAACACUGUAAUUCAAGAUGAGAAAGAAUUCCUUGAUCACAUUAUUAAGUCGACCAACAUGAAGUGCCUCACAGGACCGUCUGCUUUGGAAGGCGAAUGUGGAUUCCUAGCUGCUAACUUGUAUGCAAAGAGUGUAUUUGGGGAGGAUGCUUUGGUUAAUAUAAGCAUUGAGAAACAGGCGGAUGCUAAGCUGAGUGGAUAUAUUCGGAUAAGAAGCAAGACCCAGGGUAUUGCUCUAAGUUUGGGUGACAAGAUUACUCUGAAGCAGAAGGGCAGUGGAUGAUUAUCAUUGAAGAAUAACGUAGUUUAUCUUUUCAUAAUAUUGAGUUUUGCAUUUGAAGAAACGUUCUAAGAGAAUGAAAUCAAGGAUUAAGGACUCUUUUUGUACAAGUGUUGCCUUUGUUUAUAGUUACAAAUACUCUUUGAAGAAUUUGUUUGUAGUGAACGGAGAAUAAUUGGGUAUUGGAUCUAAAUGUUUUUGUAUGAUCAUGAGUAGAUAUUUCUUUAACAUUUGUAUUAUCGAUUUCUACUGAUUCAGUUUUCUUUCAA